UAAUCAAAUAAAAGUUUUUCUGAGUGUUCAGUUCUAGAAUCUCCAGAGUUUUAAUGAGGCUAGAGAAAAAUAAUUCAGCAAUAACUGAUCUAAGUUACUGGUUUUCUGGUAUUUGUUGUUUUCUGUUCUUCAUUCAAGUUUUUACCAUUAAAGUUCAUUUAAUGUUCCUUCUCAAAUCAACAUCACAAGAGUGAUCUGCAAUAACUAAAGAUGACUCUCCCUUGCUUUCUUUCUAAAACAGCCUUCCCUCAAGAAUAAAAAACUACUGAUGUUUCAAAUAGCACAACAAUAUACGCAAACUACAUAAGCAAUAAACUCAGAUUAACACGGCUGAUCGCUCAUCUCAAUUGAUUGGCCUUUUACAGUUCGUAUGGCUACUUCCACCUUUUCAUUUCUCUGUAUGUAUAAAUAUCUUCUUGCUGUAUGUUCCAGUCUAUGCAUCCAAUGAAGUGGGCUAUAGCCCACAAAAGCUUAUGCUCAAAUAAAUUUGUUAAUCUCUAAGGUGCCAAAAGUACUCCUGUUCUUUUUGCGGAUACAGACUAACAUGGCUGCUACUCUGAAACCUGUCACUCAGUACUGUUAUAUCAGAUAUGAGUUGUGCUGUGUAAUUAAAACACUACAACAGUAAACAGUCAAAUAUAUAUAUUGUCAGAUACAAAACCACACUUGCUGUAAAAUUAAACCUCUCUAAAGUGUACUCAAGUGAUUGUAUAAAAAUAGCAUCUUCUGACUCAGGGUAUGUCUACACUACAAAAUUAGGUCGAAUUUAUAGAAGUGGGUUUUUUUAGAAAUCGUUUUUAUACAGUCGAUUGUGUGUGUCUCCACAUAAAAUGCUCUAAGUGCAUUAAGUCGUUGGACUGCGUCCACAGUACCGAGGCUAGUGUCAACUUCCAGAGCAUUGCACUGUGGGUAGCUGUGAGUAGCUAUCCCACAGUUCCUGCAGUCUCCACUGCCCAUUGGGAUUCUGGAUUGAGAUCCCAAUGCCUGAUGGGGCAAAAACAGUGUCACAGGUGGUUCUGGGUACAUGUCAUCAGGCCCCCGUCUCCCUCCCUCCCUGCGUGAAAGCAACCGCACACAAUCGUUUCGCGCCUCUUUUCCUGGGUUACCUGAGCAGACACCAUACCACAGCAAACAUGGAGCCUGCUCAGCUCACCAUCACCAUACGUCUCCUGGGUGCUGGCAGAUGUGGGACUGCAUUGCUACACAGCAGCAGCUCAUUGCCUUUUGGCAGCAGACGUGCAUUACAAUUGGUUGCCAUUGUCAUCGUAUUCCUGGGUGCUCUUUUAGCCGACCUCGGUGAGAUCGGUCGGGGCGCCUAGGCAGACAUGGGAGUGACUCAGCCAGGUCAUUCCCAUCUUCUGCUGAGCACCCAGGAGAUGACGAUGGCUAGCAGUCAUACUGCACCGUCUUCUGCCGAGCACCCAGGGGAUGAUGAUGGCUUCCAGUCGUACUGCACCGUCUGCUGCCAGCCUAAGAUGUAAAAGAUAGAUGGAUCAAAACAAGAAAUUGACCCAAUUUGUUCUGUGAAAUCAACGGCCUGCUAAACCCAGGGUUUUGAGUUCAAUCCUUGAGGGAGCCAUUCUGUGUGACAGAUUGUGUUUCUCCUUGAUGCAAAGCCACCCCUUUUGUUGAUUUUAAUUCCCUGUAAGCCAUGUUGUCAGUCGCCCCUCCCUCCAUCAGAGCAACGGCAGACAAUUGUUUCACGCAAAACCAGGCGAGGAGGCGACGGCAGCGCGGUGACAAGAGAGACAUGGUCAUAGACUUCUCACAAAGUACGGACCAGGCAAUGUGCACAUCAUGCUGAUGAGCUCUGCAUACACGCUGGCCAAACAGGAAAUGAAAUUCAAAAGUUCACAGGCCUUUUCCUGUCUACCUGGCCAGUGUAUCUGAGUUGAGAGAGCUGUCCAGAGCAGUCACAAUGGAGCACUCUGAGAUAGCUCCUGGAGGCCAACACCAUCGAAUUGUGUCCACGCUAUCCCAAAUUCGACCCGGCAAGGCCGAUUUCAGCACUAAUCCCCUCGUCGGAGGUGGAGUAAAGAAAUAGAUUUAAAGAGCCCUUUAAGUCGGAAAAAAGGACUUUGUCGUGUGGACAGAUCCAGGCUUAAAUCGAGGUAAUGCUGUUAAAUUUGACAUAAAGUUGUAGUGUAGACCAGGCCUCAGAUCUGCUCCCACCUAUUUGAGAAUCAUUUGCUUUACUGACUAAAUCAAUGGUUAGGUCAUACUGAGACCGCUGCUUUCCAUGCUGACCCAUAUUGUCUCAUUGUUUCCUUGUACUGUCUGUCUGUAUCCACCUGUUGUCUCUUGUCUUAUACUUGGAUUGUAAGCUCUCUGUGGCAGGGACUCUUUCUGUUCUGUAUUUGUGCAGUACCCUAGCACAACAUGGUCAGCUCGUAGGCACUAUGGCAAUACAAAUUAGUGGUAGCACCGAGGAGCCAAUGUAGCUACGCUGCCUUGCCAAUGAGGCAAGUCGCAGAAAACAGAGCCCAGCUGCUUUUUGUGGCAAUGGUAUUUGAAAAGUGGCAGUUAUAGUACAUGGUCCCAUAACGUCAAGAUUUCCCCAAGGUAUAGCAAUACUUUUAGUCUUGUUCUCUUGACACCUACAGGUAAAAAAAGCCACCUUAACAAAAUAAUGCUGAGAAUCAAUAGAAGUGUUCCAUAUUUCUGGGAAAUAGUCAUGUUCCAUGCUGAUUGAAACAGAAUUCUGUGAAUAUGAAAGAGCAAGAAAAGCCAUCUCUUAGAACAAAAGGGGGCUCUUGCAGGAAAAUGGGGCAGGCAUGAAUUCUCCAUCACACCCCAGGAAAGAGCUUCCGCUAGUGCAGAGCUGAAAUAGAUCUGAGAGGGAUACAGAAGCACAUGAUUAACUGAACUCUCAAAGUGGAAAGAUGGAAGAAUCUUAUGCUACAACUGAUAUUUUAGCAUCUAUAUUAACAAGCUUUUGAUACCAUGAGACACGAGCAUGGAUACAGGUAAUAUCAGAGAAAGUCAGCACUUGUGCCAAAGCAAAUCUCAGUCUUCAACAGAUGAACUAGGUCCCUUCAUUGCUAAUCUGGAGCUCCUACCCAACGAACAGAUUCCCACUGCCAUCUGCCUGGGUUGUUUAAUUAGCCAGCAUGAGGCUCCUGCACGUGAGUCACCACCAGCAGAAUGUAUGCAUCACCCCCUGACACUUCAAGCUUUAAAAUCUAAAGGAGAAAAGAACCGCCCCCUCCUUCCAUCUGUGGAUCUCACCAAAUACAGUGAGCCAGUCAGAAAUCACUGUAGUUAGAGCUCUCCAGGGAGAAUCCAAGUUUUCCCAAGCUGUGUCACAAAACAAGAGGUCAUAUUGAUGAAUCUCCUGAAAUCAGUUUAAGUGCCCCUCAGGAAUCUUGCCUUCUCCUCAGGCAGAGCGUGGGCUGAUGCUUCUCUACUCUCCACAUACCUACUUCCUGAAAUCUUGGCAAUUACCAAUAGUGCAAAACCCAGUUUCUGACGUGGCUGACUCAGCAAGGGCUUGGCAAAACAAACACAUACGCACAAGGAAUCAGAGCCUGGGAAGCAGUGACAAGAGACAGAUGACGAGAGGUGGAAGAGAGCAGAAGAGAACGAGGCACUGUAGGAUUUACCAGCUGCUUCCAAACCAGCAGAAUUUUGCCUUGAGCUGCUGAUUGCGACACACAAGUACAUUGUCUACGGUGGUGGUCGUGGUUCUCAUUACUGAAUUCUGCUGUCUCCCCUCUGCCUGCAGAACUGAGCUGCUGCUCCACCACAGAGAGCUGUGGCUCUUUGUUGAACUCGAGACUGGGUCCAGUGGCCUCCUACACAGUGCAGUGAACAACUCCCCUCCUUUUGCUGCCUAGCAUGGAUACUUGGCGGAGAGGAUCCAUUAAAUCCACAACGUUCUUCAAGCGUCUUUCGUUCAGGAGGCAUAAAAAGCUGGGUAAUCAAGUCAUUAUUUUGAAUCAGAACAGCCAGACACUUGAGAACAAUGAACAGUACAAGAGGGAACCACUAAGAGACCUGAAGGAUAAAUCAGAGUACCUGUUAUGUAAGAGUGAGCAAAAUCUAGCUCAGGCACAGGCACCUCCUAAGCCACCCCGGCUGUAUCUGGACAGUUCCAGCUGCCCCAACAUAAUUGACCACACGGAGUCUCACUCGACAGCCAUCUCCUUUUCCAGUGUCUCCCCUCAGUACCAUAAGGCGACGCAAACACACGGGACUAACUCCUACACAGUCCAGGCUACAGACUGUGGGACCUCUGAAACAGGCUCUGAUCUCUUCCUUUCCUUCAAAGUGGACUUGGGGCUAUCACUCCUUGAGGAUGUUCUGCAGACUCUCAGGAAACAGAAUCCAAGAGAUUACGCAGCUUGAAAAUGUUUAUCAUUUAAGUUAUUGAGUUAAUUAUCAGCAUUAGUAGUUUCCUUAGCCCUCACAGGAGAAGAGGAAACACUGGAGUGUCCCUACCCUGGACUGCCUGUCUCAUUGUCCGGUCUUGCCCACCAUAAGCUGUUCUUGUCCAGGCUCCCUUCCUAUUGAGCUGUCAGUACACCACUAUGUGAGAGCGACAUGCUGGAAUCUAGUCUGAUGCAUUUCCAUUCUCUACACUGGACGAGGAAUUCCUCUCUACUGCUGACACUGUACCUCAUCCUGAUGAAAAAAAGGCCACGUUUAGUAACAGAGACCUGUUAUUUUUGGAACACCGCUGUGACUAUAAAAGGCAUGGGGAAAAAGGAGGGCACAAAAACAGGAUUCCUGGGUAACUGGACAGUUUGGAUGAGAUGGCAGCUCCAAUAUUUCCAAGCCAAGUGGAGCAGAGACAAUGGAUGAUGAUGAUUCAGGAUGUUCCUUUUCCAGUGGGUUUCUUUCCCCCAACUCUGUUAGAUGGGCAUUCCCAUCUACCCUCUAAUUGGAAAAAGGUAAGCGUCCGAAAAGGCUCACAAUAUAGCAACAGCGAAUUCUCCAGCCUAUUAGCAAGUGGAACAGUUUCUGUAGAUAUUGCUUCUUAGAGCAUGCUCUGAAUAAUCUGCUGUAAAUAAAUAUAGGUGAGAAUAAAUGUAUCUGUCAUUACAAGACUGUCCUUGCCUCAUUUCACUUUUAUCAAGCCACAACAAUAAAGAUGCCAAGAUCACAGCUCCCUUGAUCUGUAAGGUAAAUAUUCACUGGGGUCCUGUCCUUCUUGGUCCCUCAUCUUUUUACGACAAGGGUGUUGAGGGCAGUGAGGUUACUGCUUGGCUCCAAUCCCUUCUGCUGCUCCUAGUGGGAAAGGCUAGAACUGCAGUCACUGGGACAUGCUUC